CGGCAGCUGCUGUAGACGAGAAGCGCAGUCGUGAAAAGGCAAUGCGUAUUGGAUUACCUGUUGCAGAGACACUGCAGCUUGGGUCUUUAAAAGCUUUGCUUUUGACGGUGCUUUUGAGUGUGUUUAUGUUCCAGCUGCUGAGGACUGUAGGACUGCGGGCGUUCUCCAUGGCUUCUGAGACGUACAUAUCGGGCACACACUCUGCAGCUUUUGUCACCUGUCCUAAUGACACCGUUGCUAAAGACCUGGCUAGGGGUAUUGUGGAAAAGAAACUAGCUGCUUGUGUGAACAUUGUCCCAGCAAUUACAUCAGUAUAUGAGUGGCAGGGAAAGAUUGAGGAGGACAGCGAAGUGCUUCUGAUGAUCAAAACAAGAAGUUCCAAGGUGCCUGCUCUUGCUGAAUAUGUUCGCUCUAACCAUCCCUAUGAGGUUGCCGAGGUCAUCAGCCUGCCUAUAGACCAGGGCAACCCGCCUUACCUGAAGUGGAUAGGAGAUGUUGUGCCGGAGUAGAGGUGGACGUUUACACAAGAACUUAACGGAGGGAUUUAAAGUUAUUCUGAAAUAAUGUGAACACGUGUCCAAUAAGAUUCUCACAAGGCCACUAUUAAAUUUGUUUUACUGUCAUCAACAGCUGACAAACAUAAAAUGACUCUCCUUGUAUAAAACAUAACAGUUGUUGCAGCCAUCAUACAAGUUAUGGGUAUUUUUUUUAACCUUCCAGUGUUUUGACCACUAGAGGGCAGCGUUGAUUUUCUUCUAAAAAAGACAACUUAUUGUUUC